CCGACGCGAUCUGAUCUGGUUGCUGGUGUUGUGUGUUGUGAGUGCCCGCCGAGCCAGUGUCUGACGCCGAAAGAAACCACGCGAGCGAUGCUGCUGCACCCGCCUGCGCGCCGCUAAACUACAGCCGCGUCUGCCGAGUGGCGAGAUGGCGGCGUGGCCACUGCUGGUGUCGGCUGCAGCUCUGGCGUCGCUGUGGAGCUCGUGCGCAUGCGCAGCUUCCGCCCCCUCCCCACCGUCGCCUGCCCACGACUUCCGCUUCAUCUCGUACGAGGACCUGCUGAGCGCGGCGGACCGGUUCAGCGACCCCGCGGGCCGCGACUUCUCGCAGCUGCUGUUCGACCCGGCGCGCCAGCAGCUCCUCGUGGGCGCCAGGGAUGCACUGUACCGACUUGCAAUUCCUGAUCUGCGGCAGCUGGAAAAAGCAGACUGGCCGGCACCUGCAAACAAGACUGCUCUCUGCCAGGCCAAAGGACAGACGGAGUACCAGUGCCACAAUUUUGUCCGCGUCCUGCUACGCAAUGGCAAGCGGAUAUUUGCCUGUGGCACAAGUGCCUUCUCACCACAGUGCACCUGGAGGGAGAUUGAGAAUGUGAAUAAUGUACUUGAAUGGGUGAAAGGAGUUGCAAAAUGUCCAUUCAGUCCCACGUACAAUAUUACUGCCUUGAUGACCCAAAAUGGUCAGUAUUUUGUGGGAAGUCCUAUGGAUUUCUCAGGAGCAGAUCCAGCAAUCUACAGGAGCCUUGGAGCUGGGUCUACCACACUUCGGACCAAUCAGUACAACAGCAAGUGGCUGAAUGACCCACAAUUUGUGGGGUCUUUUGAGAAAGACAAUUUUGUAUACUUUCUCUUUAGAGAAAGUGCUGUGGAAUACAUUAAUUGUGGAAAGAUAGUGUACUCACGCAUAGCAAGAGUCUGCAAGAAUGAUAGUGGUGGACAGCUAAUGUUAAAAGACAAUUGGACAACUUUUGUCAAAGCUCGACUUAAUUGUUCCAUUCCUGGCGAAUAUCCAUUCUAUUUUGAUGAAAUUCAGGGAAUGUCAUAUGUUGAAGAGGAAGAGACAAUAUAUGCAACUUUCACAACUCCUCCAAACAGCAUUCCUGGAUCAGCCAUAUGUGCAUUCAAUAUGACUGCUGUGGAAGCAGCAUUUUUAGGCCCAUUCAAACACCAAGAUAAGCCAGGAUCUGCAUGGGAGCGGCACCACAAUCAACACAAACAGUUGCUAGAAUGCCAGGCUGCCCCACAUUCUCACUUGCUACUGGAUUCCUCGCGCUACCAACUGAUGGACAGUGCUGUGCAGCCUGCUACAACGAAACCACUCUACACAGGACAGCUUGAGACACUCACCCACAUAGCAAUACAUGUGAUACCCACCAAGCUACACAGAGCUGUGCAUAUAAUUUACGCUGCAACCUCUGAAGGACUUGUCAAGAAGAUAUCAGUUUUACCAAGAACACAGGAAACCUGUGUUGUAGAAAUAUGGAAACCAUACCCGGGGAAUACAGUAGUACCGAUAAAGGCACUUCACUAUCUAAAAUCAGCUGACUCUGUAUAUAUUGGCUCUGAUAAUGGCAUUAUUAGGAUUCCUGCGCAACACUGUUCUAGACUGACAAAUAAAGCUGCUUGUUUGAAUGCCAUGGAUCCAUACUGUGGAUGGAAUGAAAUUCUCGAGAAAUGUCAGACAGCUCCUAAUGAUAAUCCUCUCACUCAUCACUGGCAGCAAAGUGUGACACAGUGCCCUGUACUCACUGCUCCAGUGGAUGGAGGUUGGAGCAGUUGGUCAAGUUGGUUCCCAUGCUCACAUUCUGGAGAAACUGAGUCAGGGGAUGAAUGCUUGUGCAGCUCACGGCAAUGCAACAAUCCUGCACCGCAGAAUGGGGGCUCACAGUGUGUCGGCACAUCCAUUCGAGUAACAAACUGCACAGUGCACGGUGGAUGGACAGCCUGGUCAGCUUGGUCAGCUUGUUCUCAGACAUGUGGAGUGGCUGUCAAGACACGGCGUCGCAUCUGUGGUAACCCUGCACCAGCCCACGGCGGGAGAGUGUGUGUUGGGCAGGAUCGUAGUGAAAUUUACUGCACUUCAAAUCCACCGUGUCCUGCUUUGACACUGCCUCCCAGGGAUGGCCAGUGGAGUGCCUGGGGAGAAUGGGAAGAGUGUUCUGUUCCAUGCGGUGGAGGUUUCCGAACGAGGAGGCGACUGUGUAACAGUCCUCCACCAGAGAAUGGAGGUCGGGACUGCCAAGGGUGUAAUCUUGACUUUGAGACAUGUAAUAUGCAUGCUUGUCAAGACAGCAAGAGAUUCUCUACAUGGACUCCUUGGUUGCCUCUUAGUAGCCUUGCAGCAGAGACAGGCUAUGUGGAGAGAAGAUUCAGAUUCAUUUGCAAGGCUCCUGUAUCUGAUCCCACACAUAUCAAGAUAUCUCAACACAAAGAAGAGGAGAGAUUCUGUCAUCUCAAUGGUUCAUGCUACAGAACUGGCAGAGGUGAGUCUGAUGACUUGUGG